AAUAGCCAUGAAGACAUUAGCCUAAACUUUUCUUUCGCACCUGUAUAAACAAGUAAACGCACAGAAGUAUUUUGUGUUUUUUAUUUAAUUUAUUCCGAUUUUAGUGUGUCUGCGACAAGUCACGCACCAAUUAAACUUUAAAACGGUGGUUUUAACAAAGAAGUUCGCAAGAAUUCAUCCAGAAAUUCAAAGCUAAUAAAAAUGAAACGUUUUUGUGUUUUAAUAUCAUUUGUUGUUGUAAAUAUAUUAGCAAAUAAACUAGUUGAAUAUAAAAGGGAGCUUGUCUACACAAAUAGACAAAUCAAGCGGGUACCAUUUCCUCAUGUGCAUUUGCAAAGUGUAAUUAGAACAAUUGUUUUUGGAGAUAAACCGAUGGCGCAUUUGUCUUAUAUGUUUGCUGCACCAGCAAAAAUAUUUGACGGAAGCAACAUUCCAAACCGCAUGGAAGUAUUGCAGCAAAGCAUAGAUUCCCAAAAAGUCUUGCAAACAGAAAUAUCCAAAAAGUUAGGUGUCCCUGUGUUUGAAAAAGGUCUAGCGAGUACUGCAUUGAGAAAAGUCGGUUGUACAUGUGAAUCGAUAGAUGUUGACUCGUUUGGGUUGAUAGAACUUCAAAUAGAUAGAAUAUUGCUAUUCCGUGAAGCUGCAAAACAAUUGAUCCGUUUUGUAUCAACUGGAACGGAUGCAGAUUUUAAAAAAGAUGAUAACCGGAUGUGUCGUUUGAAGGGUUUGUAUAGAAGUAUAUUAUACCCAGAUACAUAUAUAACUCUAGCUGAAGUUGUUGGUGAUGAGUGUCGGCUAACUGGUAUAGACACAAUAGUACACACAGUCAAAUGCAGGGGGUAGAGUUAUGUUUAGGAAAUAAACAUCAUUAAUAAUAUAAUAAAACGUAUUCACUUGCUUCUCAGUUAUUAUAAUUUAGACCAGGAAUCUUAGA